AUGGUUUCAUCGCUUCAAAAUCCCACCCACCAUAAUUUUCAUAGUGUGAACUUUAGCAGUGACACUGCAAGUGCUGAUGCUGCUAAAUUUAAGGAUAUUUUUCUUAAGUUCAUUCUUAAUGAAGGUUACAUGCCGGGACAGAUCUUUAAUGUCGACAAAACAGUGCUGUAUUGGAAGCGUAUGCCUGAAUGGUCCUACAUCCACAAAGAGGCAAAAACGAUGCCCAAGUUGAAGACAUUCAAAGAUAGACUGACUCUUCUGCUUGGGGGAAAUGUGACUGGUUAUAAACUCAAGCCAUUCAUGAUUUAUCACUCUGCAAAGCUGGGGUCAUUAGCAAGAAAAGGCAAACAUAUGCUUCAUGUGCAUUACAGGCAUAAUAAGAAAGCACAGAUGACUGCACUCCUAUUCGAAGACUGGUUUAUGCAUUGCUUUAUUCCAGAAGUGAAAGAUUAUUGUAGGGAAAACAGCAUCCCUUCAAAAUUCUGCUGGUUUUGGACAGUGCUCCCUGCUACCCCAGCACCAUUGGAGAUAUUAACAAAAAAUGUAAAAGUUGUGUUUCUACCAUCAAACACAACUUCUCUCAUACAACCUAUGAAUCAGGGUGCAUUGGCUAUGUUCAAGGCCUAUUAUCUUCAGAACAUGUUCUCGCAAGCUGUUGAGGCUAAGGAUAACGAGGACAAAGAGCUCAGAACUUUCUGGGAGGAAUUCAGUGUUCUAAAUGCCAUCCUGAAUAUCGGAAGGGCGUGGAAGGAGGUAACAAAAGAGUGUAUGAAUGGGAUUUGGAAAAAUCUGCUAAAAAUGUAUGUAAAUUCAAUUAAAGGUUUUGAUAAGGAUGGAGCAGUAGUGGAAAUUAAUAAAAAGAUUGUGUCACUUGGGAAAUGUUUAGAUUUAGAACUUGAAGAGGAAGAUAUCCGAAAACUCAUAGAUGUACAAGAUGUAGAGGAUUUAAUUGAAUUUGCAGAAGAGGAAGAAGAAAUUGAAGAAGAGCCAGAGCAAAUGUUUACAAUAAAAGCAAUGGCAGAGGCAUUUGCUUCGAUUGAACACGGAAUGAAACUUUUCAGUAAAAAUGGAUGUGAACUUGGAACAAUUUGCUGA